GGGAAUAGAAGGGGAGAACACGGAUGGCGAGGGAUUCGCGCGGCAGAAUCAUCGCGUUAGUCGGGUGGCAACUGUGCGGGCAUGUGGAUCGCUCGUCUAGUCCGGUGAACGCGUGCGCGGGUGGUUUGUGUUGGUGUUGGUAGUGGCGGUGCUAAUAGCUGGUAUAAUAGUGGUGGCGGUGCACCGAGAAAGGUGGUACGUUCCUUCUCGCCACUCGCCCCUUCAAUCGCCAAGCUACGGGACGGAGGCAGUGACGGACGCGAACAUGUGAUUCUGACAGGAAAAGAAAGAAAGAGAGACAGUACUUCGCGAUAGCUUCUUUUCGGUGACGUUUCCGUUACUGUGUAUAUACGCGAACGCGGUGGUGAGUUCGCCUCGCUCGCGUCGCUCCGGACACGCCGGGAUACGCCGUGGAGUCGUCGCUCCCUUCCUCACCCCCCCCUCCUCCCUCUCGCUCGCUCGCUCGCUCGCGCGCGUCGAGGGGUUGUUACCGUCGUGCCGAAGAGAGUAUAAUGUUCUGAAAUUCGUGACGGCGAGAGAGCCCACGCGCGCAUCAUCAUGGUCGCUAAGCACUUCGCUUCGCAGGGCUCAAGCCCCGAAUGCGGUGUGCCAGAUAUGACAGUUAUCAGCGACAUCGACGAGACUGGUAUUAAUCGGAAUCUUCAAGUUCGGUAUAGCAGAGACCAGAUAUACACAUACACGGGAUCUAUUCUGGUGGCCGUGAACCCUUACAAGGAGGUGGACUACUACACAAAUGAGUACGUGAAUCGAUACCACGAGCAGAAAAUGGGCGCCUUGGAGCCGCAUGUGUUUGCCCUGGCGGAGGCGGCGUACAAGUCUCUGCAGGACACCGAGACCAAUCAGUCCUGCGUGAUAUCGGGCGAGAGCGGGGCUGGCAAGACCGAGACCACCAAGUUCAUUCUGCAGUAUCUUUGUUCGGUCACUAGCAACGUCGACACGUGGGUGGAGCAGCAGAUCCUGGAGGCCAAUACCAUCCUCGAGGCAUUCGGUAACGCGAAGACGGUGCGAAACGACAACAGUUCGCGCUUUGGCAAGUUCAUGCAAGUGUGCUUUGACAACAAAUGGAUGAUCAAGGGAUGCAUCAUUCAAGAUUAUCUGCUGGAGCAGAGCCGUAUCACUUUUCAAAGCCCGGAGGAGCGCAAUUACCACGUAUUUUAUAAGUUGGUUGAAGCCGGCACGAGAGACAAGGAAUUCGCCGAGCAAUAUAAGCUACGACCGGCCAGUCAUUAUAAAUAUCUCAAUCAGUCCGGCUGCGCAAAAAUUGACGGAAUUUCUGACUCUAAGAAACUCGACGCUCUCAGGCUCGCCUUCAAUGUGCUUCAGGUCGCGCCGGAAAUGUGCGAAGGUAUCUUCCGGGUAUUAUCGGCCAUCUUGUGGCUUGGAAAUUUAAGCUUCGAAGAUAUCGAUGGCGAAAGAUGCGAGCUGUCGACGGAGGAUAGGAACAUAGUCGACACGGUAGCACCUUUAUUGGGUCUGCAAGUGGAGGAUCUCACUAGGGUGGUACUGAUACGGCAGAUAAAUGUUCGUGGUAAUAUAACAGAGAUCCCGCUGAAAGUACAGGAGGCACGAGAGAAUAGGCAUGCGAUGGCGAAGGCGCUUUACUCGCGCACUUUUGCCUGGCUCAUCAAUCACAUCAACAAUUGCACGAAUCCAGGCCAGGAUAGCUCGCGAUUUCUCGGGGUGCUCGAUAUAUUCGGCUUCGAGAAUUUUGCGUUGAACAGCUUUGAGCAACUCUGCAUCAAUUAUACCAACGAGAAAUUACACAAGUUCUUCAAUCACUAUGUCUUUGCGUUGGAGCAGGAACUUUAUCGCCAAGAGGAGAUCCAAUAUUCCCACAUCACAUUCACGGACAACACAAUGUGCCUGGAAUUGAUUGAAAAGCCUCCGCGAUGUGUUCUCAAAUUAUUGACCGAGCAGUGCCAUAUGCCGAAAGGCUCCGAUUUGGCCUAUCUGACAAACUUGCAUGCAGAAUUCGAGAAUCACCCGUGCUAUGUGAAGGGGGAUGAUCGACGAAAAUGGGAAAAGGAAUUUGGGGUUAAACACUACGCCGGUUGCGUGACGUACACCGUCGAGGGUUUCGUCGAUAAGAAUCGAGAUGUUCAGCAGGAUGUAUUUUUCGAUUUUAUGUCCAGAAGCACCAACGAAUUUGUUCAAGAAAUCUCCGCCUAUCAAGAUUUAUUGGGAUACACCGUUGCGCGCGCAACCGGCAGCGCGGCCACGACAAUGUCACGAGGAACGUCGAAAGGCAAGCCAACUCUCUGCGACUCUUUUCGACAUCAAUUGCAAGCCUUAGUAGACGUAUUGCAGGCGACGACACCAUGGUACGCGCGUUGUAUUAAGCCGAACAUGGAGAAGAUAGCUAAUCACUACGACGAGAAGCUUGUGCUGGACCAGCUCAAGUAUCUUGGCAUGUUGGACAUUAUACGCAUACGCAAAGAGGGCUUUCCGAUACAUAUGUCGUUUCACGACUUUGUCGCGAGGUAUCGUUGCCUAGACAAGGGCCGAGCCUCGCUUUCCUGCGACGAGAAGGAGGCAGCCAGACAUUUGAUCAGCAAACAAGGUAUACCGCAAACUGAGUGGCAGAUUGGCCGGACGAAAGUAUUUCUGAGAAGCUACGUGCACGAGCCUUUAGAAGACUCUAGAAAUCAGAUGGUAACGAGAAACGCCAUAGUAAUACAGAAGAUUUGGCGAGGAUAUGUUAAACGGCGAGAAUACAAGCGUAUAAGGGAGGCAGCACUCAAGGUGCAACACGCAUACCGCGGCUGGAAGUUACGGAUAAUGUUUAUUCGAAAGCGCAGAGCUGCCAUAGUGAUACAAAGUCAUCUACGAGGUGUCUUUGCGAGGGAGGUGGCCGCUGCGCUGCGUGAAAUGAGACGAGUCGAUGAGGAGAUGAGAAAGAGGGAGCGACUAGAGAAAGAACGAAGAUUGAUGGAGGACAAGAAGGCGUUAGAAGAAAGCCAGAGCACGCAGUACAAUGAUAUUGUCGGGAUGGAAUCUGGAAAAGCACAGGAAGAGAUUGCCGCUCUGUCGCAGAUGGCCGAGCAAAUGAACUCGAAGAUGGCCGCUGCUUCAGACUUGCAAUCGGUAGACCUCGACAAUCUAUUCUCCUUUUUAUCCGACGUACAAUCGACUAAAAGCAAUCAAAUUAUCGAGGAGAUUGGUGAGCAGAUGGACGAACUUGUCGAGGAUUUAGACGUGGAAUUAGAAACCGUUAUUCAACAAGAGAUGGAAUUAAAUUGCAAGGCCGCCGAGUCGUCGAAAGUCACUUCUCCUGUCAACGGACAGGAAAUGACAUCUCUGCAGCAACGAUUACCUAGUGCGAAUAAUUUGAGUACUAGCAAACUCGGUCAACCGAGUCUUCCGGAACCUACGGAACCACCUCCACCGCCACCUCCCCCGGCGCCACCUUUAGCGAUAAAUGGCGAUUCGUCGGAUGACAAUGGCGAACCAAUCUACGAGUCUGUGUUGCCACGCGAGGAGAACGAUCUCGACAGUCCAAUUGUUCACAAUGGCAGUCAUAGUCCUGGCCAAAUGGUCAAUGGCGAAGCUUGCGGAUCUUUGCCCCCGAGCAACAAAAUGACUAAGGAAAUCGCCGGUAGUCCACCAUCUAGACCGGAGUCAACGAGUUCUGCUGGCCAUCAUCAUGCGCAUCAUCAUCAUCAUCAGACGAUGAUACCCCAGGCGCAACAAAACGGUCACGAUCAAUCACAAUCACAACCACAAGUGUUGCAGCAAUUGCCGGUCGAGCGUGAGCAGCGACGCAAGUGCCGCGUGGAACGCAAAUUGCAGGAACUCGAAGAUAAGAAGGAACAAGAGAAUGAGGCUACUUAUCACGAUAUCGUCGAGUUUGCGCAAAAUUAUUUCAACAGCCAUGAACGUUCGCCGGAAGGUACUAUAAUGGCCACACUGACGAGAAAGUCACGCGGCAAGAGCGUCGAGUACGUUCCAAAAUACGAGAUGGUUACGUAUUACAAAGGAUCCAGCAUUCCGAAUUCACACAUUCAUAUGUAUGAUCCUGAUAACGUGAAUGUUGCAUGUUCUGUAUUCAGGGAUUUGUGUAAAUACAUACGCGGCGAGAUGAAGCUGGAUCAGGAGAUAGUCACGAUCCAGAGUAUCAUCGCUUAUGGGAUCGAGCGGGAAGAAUUACGAGAUGAGAUUUAUGUACAAUGCAUGCGUCAGGCGACCAAUAAUCCCAACACCGAGUGGGCGGAACGCGUAUGGUUGCUAUUAUGCUUGGCGAUCGUCGCCUUCCAACCAAGUAAACUACUCUACAAAUAUUUUGUCUCCUUCCUGAAGAAGAACCUUGCUCUUGAGGGCAAGCUGAGACAAUAUGUACAAUGGUGUGUGGAUAAUUGCAAGAAUACCAAGGUAUCUUGCAGACAACAUCCACCGUCUACCGUAGAGAUUGCCGCUAUGAGACGAUUGGGCACUAUAGUCUGCCGAUUCUUUUUUCUGGACGGAAGAACAAAAGCAAUUGACGUACAUCCGACCGACACAGCCGCCGACGCUGUCGCCAAGCUUGGAGAAAAAUUGGGCCUUCGGUCACUAGAAGGUUGGGCCAUCUAUCAGAGCAGACCAGACGGGGAGGAGCAUGUGCGAGCUCACGAUUAUCUAUACGACGUGAUCGCUGCAUGGGAGAUGAAACAAUGCAAAUUAAAUACCGCACAAUCGACAUUCUCAACAUUGCGACGCGGUAAUAAUGCUACUCUAGGCAGCGGUGAUAAUCGCUUUGUCUUCAAACGAAGAUUGUUCCGUAAUCCGAGAGAAAUCUCGCAGGAUCCCGUGGAAGUUAAUAUGCUAUACGCGCAAGCAGUUUACAAUGUCGUAAAGUGCGACGAUUUUCCCGUAUCUGAGAAAGUGGCGCUGCAAUUGGCAGGAUUGCAGGCGCAAGUAUCUCUCGGAGAUCCCAAGGAUAACGACAGACUGGAUUACUACAGUGAGGUGGACAGUUUUCUACCCUAUAGAAUCAGUCGCGCCCGCGGCGACGACGUAUGGGUGCCAAUUAUAGCGCAAGCGCACCGGCAAUACGGCGCCGGGCGCAAAGAACUAGCGGCCAAAGUUCUAUAUCUGUCCUGUGUGAUGCAGUAUCCUCUUUACGGCACGACAAUGUUCAACGUUACUUACCGAGGAUAUUGGUCUUACGGCAAUCAAUUAAUUCUUGGUAUUAAUUGCGACGGUCUCAUGUUAAUCAAGCCGGACGAUAAGUUUGUUUUAUCCGAAUAUCGUUAUCAAGACGUCGAGAGCAUCAUGUUGGAUCCGAGCGACUCAUUUAUCACACUUUCGCUACUGCGACAUAAUCCUGAUAGUUCGCACAAAUGUUUCGUAUUUGAAACUCCACAGAAAAACGAGAUUGGUAGUCUGAUAGUUAGUUAUUGUUCGGCGCUAGCGGGUUGGAUCACGGAGAAUGAGGUGCCUACGAAAAAACUCAAGUGUAUCACCAACGAGGAUCGUAUCAGGCUUUAUCACAAUCUGGUCAACUGUCGGCGAACGCUAGUCGAUUCAGAAAUCCUAAGGAAACCGCAAGAUUCCGGCGGCGGUUUUCUUAGGAAUACACUUCGUAGAUUAUCUAAACAUCGGAUAGAGAAACUCAGGCAAGAGCAUGGAAAUGCCGAUCACGGCGAAACUUAUAAAGGCUUUCCGUACGCUUAUUGGGCAUUCAGUAGGCAGCAAAUACCACAGAGUUUGUCGAAACUGCCAGAUCCCGAUGAACAGAUCUCUUUAAGUAUCUUCCAGUUGAUUCUGACAUACGCGGGACUUGGUCAGAAUGGCGACACGGUCCGCAGAGUCGAAGACGAGCACGUGAAUCUCAUACAGACUGUCAUGGAACGAUGCAUACGAAAAGAAAACUUGUUGGGCGAACUGUAUCUACAAUUGAUCAAGCAAACGACCGAUCAUCCGGAUCCGAACAAUCGUGUUAAUCUGCGACACUGGGCAUUGCUCUCGCUUGCGUGUUCCGUGAUUCUUCCGCCUCAGAAGGUUAUACGUAAAUAUUUGAUCGCGCAUUUGAAGCGAUGCGCCAGCGAUUACGUCACAGAAGAGGGUAAAUAUGCGAGAUUCGCGGAAAAGUGCCUUUAUAAGACUCAGGGCACUCGAAGACGGCAAUGGCCACCGAGUCGCGAGGAGAUCAUGUGCACCAUUAAUCGCCGACCGAUCUACGCGAGAUUCCACUUUAUGGAUGGCCAGUACCACGCUGUCGAGUUUCAUCCAUCUGCAACUGCCAGGGAUGUCAUGGAGAUUAUCAAGACUAAGAUAGGACUCGAAGAAACUGCCAUGGGCUACGCGAUUUACGAGGUGUUGGGGCCAACCGAGCGAUCACUGAUUCCUGAGGAGAAGGUAGCCGAUGUCAUGUCCAAAUGGGAACGAUAUAGGACAUCGCAACAGACUCAACAGAGCUCACAACGGAAGCAUGUACAUCACUUCUUCCUGUUCAAGAAACACUUGUUCCUAGACCAAUACAUGAACUUAGAUGAUCCGGUAGAGAAGGAAUUAUUGUAUCAUCAAGUGCUACACGACUUGCGCGCCGAUCGGUUCCCCAUCACUGAGAAAGAAGCUAUGAUGCUGACGGCUUUGCAAGCGCAACUGGAAAUGGGUGACUGCCAAGACACAAUAUCGGAACAAGACUAUCGAACGAUAUCGAGCCAUUGCUUACCGUCAAGACUGGUGCCGUGCUUGUGUGUAGAUGGUGUGCGCCAGCACCAUCAAUCUUUACGCGGAAUGACGCCACCCGAAGCAAAGAAGGCUUUCCUGAAUCUGAUUCAAUCAUGGCCGUUGCACCGAGCAACCAUCUUCGACGUGAUGCAAUCGUUCACCUCAAAUUGGCCUCGCGUACUAUGGCUGGCUGUUGAUCAGCAGGGUCUUCAUCUCCUAGAACAUCGUUCCAGAAACGCACUGUGUACUUACGAAUAUAGCAGUAUUUUAAGUUAUACGCCCGCCGUUAAUUGUCUGAUGAUCAUUACCGGUACGGAUAAGAAGCAAAGCAAAGUCAUUCUUACCACGUCGCAGGCUCAUCAGAUAGCGAAUCUGAUUCGCGAGUACAUGGAGGUGCUUCAGUCACCGCCGGAAAUACCGAGACGAGACUCGACGAUGGCUGUUCAACAAUUUGCCGCUCAACAGCAGCAACAGCAUCAGCAACCGCCCGCAACACUGCCGUCAUCUACGACCGGCGGACGAAAGUCCCGACCCACUUCGAUGUUACACAGAGGUGCUCCGAUAAUACAAUCGCAAGCUAGUUAGAUUGGUUAGAUAAAUCUCUUUUGAGAAUUAUAUAUUAUAAAGACAGUUUCCCUUCAACCUGGUACCUAAAUCGAAUCUUCGUCGUCGGGCGCGCCGCACGUUCCAUAAUUAUAAAGUGCCAUAAACUCAAGAUACGCACACAGCGGUAUUAUCUAUUUUAUCAAAAAAUACGCAUAAUUCUAAUAUACAUAUACAUAUACUAUAUACGUAUAUACAUAUUAUAUUGUAUAAUUUUAAUCUCCGUACACACCGCUCCGUCUUGUUCACUGCGAUAAAGCGUACCCUGGUAUACGUAACUAUACCUUAACAAUAUUCUUUGAGAUUAAAACACGUAGAAUGACGUUUAGUAUCAGGUUGUGGCGAAAAGAGAACAGUUUGCAUUUAAACGCACGUCACGUUUAACGUUAAAUGCAAUUGUCCGAUCUCCUCGUAUAUCAGACCUAGACAAGAUCUAAUGUCUGAGAAGUGUGUCGUAAGGAUCAGAAAGGCAUAUCCUAUCUUUCGAACUUCGUCUUUUUAUUUUGAAAAGCUACAUUUAGCGCUAAAUGCUACGACAUUAGAUAAAAAUAUUAAUCCGGCUUUAAAUUGAUCAUGCUUUUCUCGAUCAGGCCUAUCGAGAAGCGACGACGUACUGUCGUGAGAAUAACAUUAUAGCCUAGGGAUACUUAUUUCUUCCACUAUUUAUUAGAUUAGCUUAGAAUCUCGAAGAGAUUCGUCAAAGACCAUAGCUUUAGUCUCCGCGUAUAUAACCGAUUUAUAGCGAGAUGAGUGAUAAACAACUGCCAUUAGAAGAGUUAUCGACCGCGAGGAAAGUUGCCGAGGACUUUUCUAUUUCUAUUAUGACCGUUAUCAUUGUUGCCUUUUUUAUCUGAACGCUGCCAUUUUUGACGAUUUCUGCAACACGAAAUACAACGCGAGAAUUUUCAAUAUAUGGCGAUAUGUUUGUUCUGAUACAUCGUUAACUUCGAUCGGCAAUCAAUAAUUAUUCCACCAGCAUAUCAUCGUUUGAAGGGUAGCAUAAUAUCGCGAAGAAAAAGAAGAAACGAUUAAGAAAACCGCAGAAACACUUACACAAAGCGACCAAAAAAACGUAAUCUCUCGAACAUAAGUGUAACGUUUGACUGCUGUAUCGAUGCUAAUUGCCAUAGUUGUAUUUCAAACACCAUAAAACAGUGUAGCGGCCAGAACCUUAUAAUAUUUAUAUUAUAAAUUUUUGCGAUAUAAGAAGGGAUCUAUAUAGAUUAUUUAACAAAAAUAUAUAAUUCAUGUGCGUUUUGAAAAAUCGGAUAACGUAUCGGAUAACUCUUUAUAGUCACCGUUAUAUUUCUUGAAAUUGUAGGGUAAUCGCCGGAGGAAAGAUUGCCUUUAUGAAUCAAUUUAUUAAAAUUUAUAUAUCUAAUAUAUUUAAUAGUACCGAUUUGCGAAAAUUAUACAGAUGAAACAAUUACGCUGUAUAUCGUUAAACAAAUUACAACGCGUAAUUUUCUUUAAAUAAUAUGAGACUCGUAUUUGCAAACUGUACGAAAUCGAAAUCCGUAUUUGAAAAAGUAUUUCUCAUAAUUGAUAAAACGAACUAAAGCAUUUAAAAUAUAAUCGAAUAUUAUCACAAACGUACACAUAUGCAAACGAAAAUUUGCAUGCGCGACAAACAUAAAAACGAGUCCACUAAUCCGUUCUUCGUUCUCUAAACAAUCUUCCUAAUAUCGUUGCUUUCCUCAUAUAAAGUUAAUCGCUAAAUUCGGAAAGAAAGAAUGAAAAAAAAAAAGAAAAAAGAAAAGAAGAUAAGGAAUAGCGUGUAUCCAUUAUAUAUAUAGCGAUCGACAGGAUCGCAUUCGUUCAAGAAGCAUACCUCGAAAUUGCGUCCAAUCAAAAUUUCAGUUUAUUUUUUAUUCGAGACGAAAUUUGUUUGUGUCUAAAACAUAUAUAAAACAUAAAUCGAUAAUAAAAGUUUCGCGUCUUCAAUAUUUAAUAAUUUUAAAUUUCUUUUUGGAAUGCAAUAAUCAUUGCGAUGUAAUAAAAGUCUGUAAUCUCUCCAACUUUAUAUGAAAUCUUAGCUGCGAUAAAAUUCUUUGCGAAAAAAUAUACUGUCUUUACAUUUAAAAACGAAUAUGGUUUAAGAAAAAGUGCGAAUUAACUGAGAAAAGAGAAAGAGUGAACAAUGUUUCCGAUUUAAUAUCUACAUUAUUUCAGAUUGGUUGGGAGUGGUUUUUUUAAUUUAUUGUUAUCAAGAAACGAUUUUAUAAUUGAUUUUAAAAUAUAUAUAAAUGUACGUAUAUAACUAAAGAGUUUUGAAAAGAAACCGUCGAGUUUUAUUCGGUUGUGGGAUAUUCUCAGGAACGGUGAUUUAAAAAAUUUUUAAUAUAGAGUAGCACGGUUUCGUUUAGAACGCGAGAAAGACGGUGUUUUUGUUGAUUCUAAUUUUUGCUUGAAAGUUUGGCGGAACUUCGACGUGUGCAGAGAUAGACUGUGAUCUGCUUUGGGAGUCUUUAGUCUUCGAGAGCCGUUUAAUCGAGUGAGACUACGUUUCGUAUUAUUAUAUGCUAUGUACGAGACAUGCGCAAAUGACGUAUAUGUAUAUGACGCUUGCGUAUGUGUGGAUGCGUCGAGAGAGAUUGCGAUAAUUUAAGAGACAUUUAAGGAAUGUCUGGAACGGUUUAAAACUUUACUGUUCGGAUAUCAUAAAAGUUUUCAGGACGUCUGAGGAACUUCAACUCGAGGAAGGAAUUCGAGUUUCGGAGGAAGAAGUCGUUUAACUUUUCCAGCAUCUUUAAGAUAUCUUUGAAACUCUUAUAUUGUCUGAAUAGUUGAGUUCUAAAAGACAUUUCAGACUUUCUUUAAAAUUUUUUACGUUUGCGUUUGCGUGUGUGAGAGCGAAUUUAAGUGAUUGUGAUUAAUUAUUAUAAGAAUACGUGAGCGGGCAUGUAUGUUACUCAAGUGAUGGCACCAGCCAGAUACACUAGCUUUUAAGCAAAACAUAAGUUAUUGGUUGAGACAUGUUAUUGAAUUAUAUAUAUAAAAAUGAAAGAGAGAUCUUGUGUAUAUAAAUAUAUAACUAUAAUAUAUAUAUAUAUAUAGAUAAGGAUACGAGCUCGCGAGCGCGAGCACGAGCAUUUUUAGGAACGGCCGCACGACAAUGAAUGGAAGAUUAGCGCGUAACGUCGUUGCUAUAUAUGCAAGAGAGAUUCGCGCCUAUACGUAUUAAAUAGAAAAUAUAUAUACAUAUUAUAUAUGGAUAA